UGUUGUUCACGAGACUGCAUGUGUCGCUCUGCGAAUCAAUUUACGUUUAUCUCGAAAUUUUCUAUAACGUUUUAAAGUUUUAGGAGUGAUAAAGUUAUAAAAAUUGCCGAACGAAUUUACGUUACACCAAAGCAAAAAAAAAUUUUUGCACAUCGAAAAUUCGUUCAACAAAACCAAACUGCUUUGAACAUUAAAAGAUCCGUAGAAGUGUUGUUUUUUAUUUAUUUGCCAUUUCAGACCGAAGAUUUAGUCGUCGAAAAUGUUCCCGAAAAAGUUAAAGCGAAGUGGAGAGCUUUAUAAAAAAAAGCCUCGAAACUGGAAGAGCAGUUUGAAAAAGAGUGGGCAUUGCAAAAUGAUCCUGCCAGACCCAGCAGCCAGCCAGCAGCUCAGCAAUCUGCCCAGGAUGUUGCAAUGAAUGAACCCUGUGAAGGUCCUGUGGCAUCAAUGGAAGAGGAGUAUUUGGACGAAAACAAUAAUGAUGACGAACGUGCUAGCGAUAAAGGAUUCAUCCACACCGAAGAUACUGAUGGCAAAGAGUAUUUAGAGGAAGAGUAUUUGGAGGGAGAGUUUUUGGAGGCAGAGUUUUUGGAGGAGGCGAGCCUGGAAACUGAUCCAGAAAGCGCGAAGCUACGAGACUCUUUGCGAACUUGGUUGAUUCGCAAUAAAGUUGCUCGUAGCGGAAGCAAUAGUUUACUUGCAAUACUGCGAAAAGCGUCUUCUCUUUCUGCUUUUUCAUCUCUUCCUCAGGAUCUUAGGACAUUACUGAAAGCUCUGGUGAACGUCAGCCAGCAGAUAACUAAGGUUCCAGGUGGAGGUGAAAUGUGGUACCAAGGCGUUGAAUGUUGUUUUCAGCAUUAUUUCCGUGAUGUGGACGUACUAGAGGAUGUGUUUGAGCUGAAUCUUUCAGUGGACGGAAUACCAAUAUAUAACCGCAGCGCAAUACAGAUGUGGCCUAUACUGAUGCAGUUGCACAAUAUGCCGAAUGUUCCUGUUAUGGUGGUUGGAAUAUUUUGCGGCACUUCUAAACCAAACGAUGUUGAGCCUUUCCUGAGACCUUUGGUGGGGGAACUAAAUAGGCUACAUGAUCACAAAAUGAACCUAAACGGCAAAAAUAACUGUUUCGGUUAUAGUCAUAAUUGCUGACUCGCCUGCACGCGCAUUAAUUAAACUUGAGUAAUUGGAAUCGCUCUUUUAUUUUAAUUUUAAUAAUGUGUAUGAAUUUCGUUGUACAAUUUUAUUGCAGAAGUUUGCUACUACAACGGAGUACAUGGGUGUUUGAAAUGUAAAUGCUGUGGUACCUCCCUAAAAACAGCAAAAAAAAGUUAUUUUCGAGGAUACAAUAGCUCCACGAAGAACAGAUAAGGAAUUUAGAGAAGAAAAACCCAGUUCUACAGGCUAUUGAAGAGCUAAAACUCCUCUUACAGAUCUAAAAAAGUUCGACAUGAUAAAAGGUAUAGCUACGAGCGAUUUAUUACAUUUCAUACAAUUGGGUAUUGUUUUCAAGCUUCUGCUAGGCUGGGUCGAAGGAGCUCUUUCCCCUUUUAAAAAAUGGUGCAAGGAAGACAUAGAUGAAAUAUCAGAAGAGCUUAUAAGUAGACUGUUGCCCAUAGAAAUUCAUAGCAAGUUUAAGUCUCUUAAUUAUCUUCACUUUUGGAAAGGUACAGAAUUCGGUAGUUUUUUACAUUACGCAGGUAUAGUUGUUUUGCAAGAUAGAAUAGGUAGAAUAGCAUACGAACAUUUUAAAUUAUUAUAUUGCGCUAUAACUAUAUUAUCAUCAUGGGCAUUUAAGGACCAGUGGGAGUAUGCCGGUACAUUGUUGAGGAAAUUUGUUGAGGAUUAUAGUGUUGUGUACGAUCGCAUACAUCUAGUGAGUAAUGUUUAUCUCUUGCUUCAUGUAUACGAAGAGGUUAACAAUUUAGGCCCUCUGAUUACUUUGUCGACACAUUCCUGUGAAAAUAUGUAACAAAUAAUCAAACAUAUUCACGUAAAAUCUGGCUACCGAAGUUUGCAUCAAGCGAUAGGAAAAAUUAUAUUGUUGCGAGACAUAGACACUGCAGCUCAAAGAGUGCGUACAAACGGCGUCCACGGGCCUGCCCACGCCCGAAUGCAGAGCCGAUUGCAUACGAUUGUAUCUUCACCAUUAACAUGAGAGGAACAGGGCUUAUACCACGAACGUACCCGAAAGGUAUGCAUGCUUCACCCGUCAGGAUCUAAAGGCAAGGACAAGGCAAAAGAGACACAGAAAACAUUCCUCACGGCUACACAUGUCCUCUAGACGCGUUGUUUAUGCGUCUCGCUCGGUAUCACAGCGGCAUACGGCAGGUAAGCAGUACAAAUGCUGCUACCUGAUACGCAAACAUGUUUAACGAACCCAUCUAUUCGGGAUGGCUCGGUAAAGGUCGGGUUUAGCCGACGGAGUAGCCGGAACGUGAAGGCGCAGACUUUUUCAUGAUUUUGUAUGACUUCGGCUGUUUUGGACCGUACAUGUAGGCGCAGCCAAAGAAACCAGGAAAGUAUGACGUAUCCUACUGUUGUUUACCAACAGCGGUUCUAGUUUGACAGAUGCGUUGUGGUGAAGUGAGAGAGAGGGACAGGUAGCACAGGCGAAACAAACACGGGCGAAAUAGAGAGAGUAGGAAUGGUUCAUCCCGAAGGAGCUUCGCGUGCAACGGAUGAACCUGCGCAAAUUAAGUGGAAUGACCGCAAUCGGGUUUGCGUGAAGUUUUAAAACGGGCACGAAGACGAAAAUCGACCUCUUUCUACCAUCGCGCCAAGAGAAGAAAGUUCAGUUAAUUUUUAAUACAGUUUAAUGAAAUUAAGUGAAUUAAGAAAACUGAUGUUUCAACUUUAAAUUCGCGAAAGAAAGAGCUUUGUUGUUGGACGCAACAAUUUAAAAAUUCACUACUUACGUUUCACGAGUCCUGGUAAGACGCGAACCCGCAGCGCCUUAGCGAAACCGCAAUAUCAGUGAAGUGAAGCAAGAAGGAAACCUCACGGCUUGGAAAAUGGAGGAUAAGCAGUGUGGUGUGUGCAAUGGUGCAAGUACGGAAAAUGCAGUGGAGUGCGAUCGAUGCGAAGGAAUGUUUCAUCUUGCGUGCGUGAACGAAGAUGAAACCGUGUACAGUAGGGAUUGGACAUGCCAUCUGUGCACUCCUGAAACACCGCCCCCCGCUUCAUCUACCCUUCAUCGUGCGACGCCCGUAGUAGCGACCCAACCAGCCCCGGUAGCAGUGGAUACGAACAUAGUGAAUCUGGAACCAUCCACCAGAGCAAGAUCGACGGAAGUGAUCACGCCCGUAUCGAAUCCUCCGAAUGAUCCAUCAAAAGCAAGACCCACUCAAACUGCUGAUUCUCCCUUGGACAAUCUUAGCAGAACCUUCCAACGUUUCUUGGAAGAAGCACGCGAGCCACGCAGGCAAGAGCCUGACGUGAUACAACGGCUCGAAUCCGUGCUAAACACCUUUGUUCAACGGAUGAAUCAAGAACAAAAUCCGCAAGGAUCACGCCGGGACAAUCUCGGAUCUACGGCGUCAUGUUCGAGUGAUACAACCUUGAACAUUAAUCAGAGUCAGAUACUAGCUAGACAUUCCGUCAACGCCCAGCUACCGACGUUCGCCGGUAACCCAGAGGAGUGGUCCGUGUUCGAAAACGCAUUUUAUGAGACGACGGAACUAUGCGGUUUCUCUGACGGAGAAAAUAUUAUAAGGCUGCAACAAGCAUUAAAAGGAGAAGCGUUUAAAACAGUCCAGGGGAGACUCAGGAAAGCAGCUAACCUCAAAGAAGUCAUGCAAGAGCUCAAAUCAUCGUUCGGACGUCCAGAAGUAGUUGUGAAAACGUUGUUGAGCCAGAUUCGACGACAGGUACCCCCGAGAGCAGAAAAGUUGGAGACGCUUGUGCAGUUCGCCGUAUCCGUGGACGAAAUGUGUGCUGCUGUGAGAAACAACGGGGUCGAGGAGCGUUAUGAUGGACUCGUGUUGGAUGAGCUCGUUGGUCGUCUCCCUCCGAUGAUUAAGCUGAUGUGGGGCAUACACAGUCUUACGUUGUCAAAGGUCAACCUGGCUGCAUUCUGAAAGUGGAUGCAAACCAUUAAGCAUGCAGCCCAAGCGGUAACGAGCCCUGCAAAUCUUAUCGAACCACGAUGCAGUAAGUAUUUGCACAUGCAUACUACUAAUCCCUCCUCGCAGAACUCCACAGAAGCCGUUUGUGCAUGCGAUAACGGCUGCGCUCGCUUAUACGAAUGUGACGGAUACUGGCAGAAAAGCGUAGCAGAUCGCUGGGACAUCAUUAAGCGGAACUACUUGUGUAAAUGUUGUUUGAAAAAACAUCGUGCGCCCUGUAAAGAGACGAGAGUAUGCGGCAAAGACGGAUGUACUGUAAAACACCACCCGUCGCUACACAAUUCGGCAGGUAAGGGAAGACACGAAGCAAAUUUCUCUCACUCUACAGCCACCGACGAGAACAUACUAUUGCGAUACGUGCCAGUUGAGCUGCAGGCUGUAGGAAAGACGAUCAGAACAGUUGCUUUUCUCGACGAAGGAGCGUCAGUAUCGCUAAUCGAACAUUCGCUAGUUGACGAGCUGGAACUUGAAGGGACAAACCGACCUCUUUGUUUGAAAUGGACUGGAGGACAACAUUGCACUGAACGAGAUUCAAAACAGGUGAGCGUAAAUAUAGUAGGAAUAUCCAGUGGUGCUCAGACCUUUGAAGCCUCUAAUGUACGAACGGUGAAAAGUCUUGGGUUGCCCUCGCAACGCGUUAAAAUGGAUCGUUUACGAACAAAAUAUCAGCAUUUAGCAUCCAUUCCAUUAGCACCAUAUGCUUCUGUACCUCCACGCAUUCUCAUAGGAAUGAAUAACUAUCAUCUCACUGUUCCAUUAAAGACGAUAGAAGGAAAAACAAAUGAACCCGUCGCAACAAAGACGAGGCUAGGAUGGGUAGUUUCGGGUUGCGAUUCGUCGUCAACGUCUAACAACAGCAACAUUUUGGCAUUUCAUCGAGCACAUAUUUGUGAUUGUGCAGAAAUAGAAACCAAAAUUGAUCAGGCUCUAAAAGGUAGUUUUGCGCUCGAAGAACCCACAUGUAAAGGUGGCAUAAACACUCUUUCAAAUGAUGAGGAACGGGCGAGUGUAUUGCUGCGUAAACACACCUCACUACAAGGUGAGAGGUAUGUCACUGGAUUGUUGUGGCGCUAUGAUGACGUAAAACUGCCAAACAAUCGAGCAAUGGCUCUCAAACGCUUGGAAUGUUUAGAACGCCGCAUGGCAAAAGAUGAGCACCUUCGAGAAAUGAUGGACCGAGUGCUGAAAGACCAUGUUGAAAAGGGAUAUAUUAGAAAAUUAUCAAAUGAAGAGCAUAAAUUUAAGCAUCCUAGAAAGUGGUAUCUACCAAUCUUUCCUGUAUUUAACCCCAAUAAACCAAAUAAGGUUAGAGUAGUAUGGGAUGCAGCUGCAACAGUGAAUGGAAUUUCGCUUAAUUCCAUGUUAUUGACUGGGCCAGACCUUCUUUCACCACUGCCGACUGUACUAAGUCGGUUUAGAGAAUAUCGUGUUGCUAUUGCCGCUGACAUUCAAGAAAUGUACCAUCAGGUCAUGAUUAAAGAAGAGGAUCUGAUUAGCCAAAGAUUCCUAUGGCGAACGGACCGGUCGCAAGUUGAGCCCGAUGAAUAUGUGAUGCUGAGGAUGACCUUUGGGUCAGCCUGUUCACCAACUUCCGCCCAAUUUGUAAAGAAUGUAAACGCGGACCGUUUCGCGGCCCGCUAUCCUCUAGCCGUCGAAUGUAUUAAGCGUCAUCACUACGUCGACGAUAUGCUUGCCAGUAUAGAGAGUGUGACCGAGGCCACGAAGCUAGCACAAGAUGUGAAAUUUAUUCACUCACAAGGAGGAUUCAAGCUUCACAAUUGGAUGUCGAAUUAUGGCCAAGUAUUAGAUGGCGUUGGUAGUAGCAACAGCCGGGAGAAGGAUAUGAACCUCGAUCCAACAGCUUGUACCCAGAAGGUCUUGGGAAUGUGGUGCAACGCAAACGAAGAUACGUUCCAAUUCAAAGUGCCGUUAAAGGAUGUAGAUGUUCUACAAGGGAUCGUGAUACCAACCAAACGGCAAGUACUGAGCACGCUUAUGACAAUCUACGAUCCGUUAGGCUUGAUAGCAGGCUUUUUACUGUUCCUCAAAGUAUUAUUGCAAGAAGUUUGGCGUUCUGGAAUUGGGUGGGACGAUCAAAUACCCAAUUCUCUGCAAGACAAAUGGAAGGAGUGGUUAACUUCCCCCAUCUGCAAUCUAUCAAGAUUCCGCGAUGUUACCGCACGUCCAUCAGCUUAGAGAACUGCACGACACAGCUUCAUAUUUUUGUAGACGCCGGGAGAGACGGUUUCGCAGCCGUGGCGUACUUCCGAUUCGAAUCCGAAGAUCAACGGGAAGUUGUGUUGAUCGGCGCAAAAACUCGAGUAGCUCCGUUAAAAUAUACAUCGAUUCCCCGAUUAGAGCUGCAAGCUGCAGUAUUGGGAGUUAGACUGAUGACAGGUAUUCAUCAAUCACACCGGAUAAAGAUCCAUAGACGCUUCUUGUGAACCGAUUCAAAAGACGUUUUGUGUUGGCUCAACUCGGAUCAUCGAAAUUAUAGCGUGUACGUAGCUCAUCGAGUAGGCGAAAUAUUAGAAAAUGGCAGUGGGUGCCGACUAAAAACAACGUAGCCGACGAAGGUACAAAAUGGUCCAACCUUAACCGACACUGCACGACCGGAAUGUGGUUUAAAGGACCAGCGUUCCUACAGCAACCGGAAAACGAGUGGCAAGUGCAAAGCUUCAGAACUUCAACUACUGAGGAAGAGUUACGCCAGACGGUUUCAUAUCAUCGUGAAUUAUCCCCAGUAAUUAUCUUUGACAGAUUUUCUGAUUGGAAACGCCUGCAUCGAGCCAUCGCCUACAUGUGGAGGUACAUCAAUAAUUCUCGUCUGCCAAAAAUGUCUCGAUAUUUUGGACCCCUUUCGCAUCUUGAGCUACAACAAGCUGAGCAAUCGAUCAUCAAGGAAGCGCAACGAUUAGAGUUUCCAGAAGAAUAUCAGCUGCUUCUGCAUGACAAAUCAGGUACAAAGGGAUCUAAAAUGAUUAACAAGAAAAGUUCUCUUUAUAGACGUAGUGCAUACAUGGACGAUGACGGUAUCUUACGAGUACGAGGAAGAAUCGAUGCUUGUCGUUACGCAAGCCAUGACAUGAAGAGGCCAAUUAUUCUUCCCAAAAAAUCCUGGCUCACCGAUCUGAUUGUAACGGAGUACCACUGGAAAUAUAAACAUCAAAAUCAUCAAACCGUAAUGAAGUGCAGCAAAAGUUCGAUAUUCCUGGCCUACGAAGCGCGUGCCACAGAGUGUGAAACAAUUGCUUUAGAUGUAGCCUUCGUAAAGCUUACCCUAAACCUCCAGUGAUGAAUGAGUUGCCGUUAGCUCGAGUGUCGCCGUACGCCAGACCGUUCUCCUACACAGGGAUAGAUUACUUCGGACCUUUUUUGGUCGCUGUUGGACGGAGACAGGAAAAGCGCUGAGGUGUGCUGUUCACGUGUCUAACAAUACGGGCCAUACACAUAGAGGUGGCUCACAGCUUGAACACCAGCGCUUGCAUCAUCGCUAUUCGCAAUUUUAUCGCACAUAGAGGGACUCCGAUUGAAAUCAGAACUGAUCGUGGGACUAAUUUCGUUGGCGCUGAUCGUGAGUUGAAAGAUGCGGCGAAGCAGAUAAACACCGAGGAGCUGAUAGAUGAAAUGUACCUCCCCGAUACGACGUGGAUAUUCAACCCCCCCGGAGCACCACAUUUCGGUGGUGCAUGGGAGAGAUUAAUCCAAUCAGUUAAACGCACCCUCUCCGGCAUGCAAUUUACCAAAACACCGACAGAUACCGUUUUCGCCAAUUGGUUAAUUGAAGUAGAAAACAUUAUCAACUCUCGCCCACUAACACAUGUAUCGGUUGAUAGUGAGGAAGAAGCCGUGUUAACGCCAAACCAUUUUCUCUUGGGUUCAUCUUCUGGAAUAAAACCAUUAACAUCUCUUGAUGAUUCUUCCGCAGCCCUCAGGAACAACUGGAAGACGUCACAACUGUACGCAGAUCAAUUUUGGAAAAAAUGGUUAGCUUCUUAUCUGCCUACGCUCACCCGUCGCAGCAAAUGGUUUGAGACACAGCCGCCAUUGCAAUUAGGAGACCUCGUGCUGAUUGUCGAUGACGCCCUACCAAGAGGAUGCUGGCCUAAGGGAAGAAUCGUACAGCUCGUACGUUCGAAGGACGGAACAACUCGGCGUGUGCACGUACAGCUUGCGAACAAAAAGAUUAUAGAGCGACCGGUAGUAAAAAUCGCUGUAAUAAACGUAGAACCGCACGAAAGAGUUUAACGCAGUCAAACACCGGGGCCAGUGUUGUUUACCAACAGCGGUUCUAGUUUGACAGAUGCGUUGUGGUGAAGUGAGAGAGAGGAACAGGUAGCACAGGCGAAACAAACACGGGCGAAAUAGAGAGAGUAGGAAUGGUUCAUCCCGAAGGAGCUUCGCGUGCAACGGAUGAACCUGCGCAAAUUAAGUGGAAUGACCGCAAUCGGGUUUGCGUGAAGUUUUAAAACGGGCACGAAGACGAAAAUCGACCUCUUUCUACCAUCGCGCCAAGAGAAGAAAGUUCAGUGAAUUUUUAAUACAGUUUA